AUGCAUGCCCACUGCUUCCGCAGGUCAUUUUUGCUGCCAGGGCUAUUGCUGUGCACGGGCGAUCGGGGUGGGCGCCCCUUGGCCGCGCCAGCGGAUGACUCGGACAGCUUCGCGCCGGCUCGGGCGAAUGCUGGAUUGCAGUUCCCCUUGCGAACGAGCGGGCGCUAUAUCGUCGACGCGAGCGGCCAGCGCGUGCGCUUCGCAUGCGUCAACUGGUACGGGGCUCAGAUGGAGCAGAUGGCCCCGAAUGGCCUCAACCACCAGAGGGUCGAGCGCAUCGCAGCUAUCAUCGUGGGCCAUGGCUUCAAUUGUGUUCGUCUCCCUUUCAGCCUGGAUGUUGUUUUUACCAACAGGUCUUCUGUGCCCAGCCCUCAUACUUCGUUGAGAGCCAACCCCGAUCUGAAGAGCAAGAGCCCGCUCGAAGUGUUCGACGCUGCUCUCGAGGCCCUCACUGACAAGGGGCUCAUGGUCAUCCUGAACAACCACGUCUCCAGCGCCAGGUGGUGCUGCUCACUGUCUGACGGCGAGGGGCUGUGGUAUACCUCUGAGUAUCCUGUAGACAGCUGGCUGGACGGGCUCGCCCAGAUGGCCGCGAGGUGCGGUUAA